UAGCCGAGCGCGAUCGACCCGGGCUGCAGGGGAGACGUGAUAGGUCGCUAUGCAAUUCCUCAGGCUGGGUUUGCCUUGUAUACACGCCGGGAUAAAGCUUCGCUGCGGGCGCGCUCUGUCCCCCUUCCUGCUCCCGAAGGCCUGCGAGCCCCCCUCUUCAUGCUGGUGCCCUUCCGUACCGCCACCUUCAAUCGCAUAUCGCCUAUGACAAACACAUGGCCGCCUUAUCCGCCACCCGACGAAACCGAAUUGGAGAAGGCAGUGCGCCUGGAGGAGGAGAAGGUCGCGAAGCGCAUCAGCGACGAGAUAGAGCGUCAGAUUGAGCUCGACCGGCUAGAGCUCAAGAAGAAGCGGUCGGAGACAAAGAUCCUCCUCCUAGGUCAGGCCGAGUCCGGCAAGUCCACUCUCCUCAAAAACUUCCAGAUCCACUUCGCCCCCAAAGCUUUCUAUUCUGAAGUGGACGCCUGGCGCGCAGUCAUCCAGCUCAAUCUCGUCCGUUCGGUCAAUGUCAUCCUUGCGUACCUGUCCAGGGCGAGCGACGCAGCCGCAGCCGCCUCGCCACGUUUUAGCAGGCCGAAGGACGACCUCCGGUGGCUGAAGAUGCGCCUUGCGCCUUUGCGUCAAGUCGAAGUCAUUUUGAACCGCCUGUUGGGCGUCAAUGCGGAUGGUCUUGAUAACCUCUCUGAGACGGAAAUGGACUGGGACAGCGGCAAACUGUCUGAGGUGGCCGUGGGUUCGGAUUUUGGAUGGAGAACGCUGAUGCGCACGGAGAAGCCCAGGCCGACCAGCAAGUUUUGGGAUGACCUGGAUGAUGCUCGGAAGAUAUUGGAGGCUUGCCGAGACGACAUUGUGGCGAUGUCCCAGGACCAAAUGGUGCAGAACGUGCUGGAUGAGGAGGGUAUCCAGAUCUUGGACGAGCCCGGCUUCUUUCUCGACCAGGCCUCUCGCAUCUGUACUAUGGAUUACGAGCCUACUGCAGAGGACAUUCUCCGCGCACGUCUGCGUACAGCAGGUGUAGAGGAGCAUAGGUUAAUUAUGGAGUCGCCGCCAACGGAGAAAGGACGCGAGUGGGUAUUUUAUGAUGUCGGAGGUGCGCGUGGGCAGAGAGCUGCAUGGGCGGCUUACUUCGAGGAUGUCAACGCUGUUAUGUUCCUCUGCUCUAUAUCGGGCUUCGACCAAGUCUUGGGAGAAGACAGAACCACCAACCGACUAGUCGACUCGCUCAAGCUCUGGAAGACGAUCUGCUCGAGCAAGCUCCUCGAGGGCGCAACAUUCAUUCUCUUCAUGAACAAGUCGGAUAUCCUGCAGAAGAAGCUUGACGCUGGCAUUCGCUUCGCAGAUCACAUCGAGCAAUACAAGGACCAGCCGAACGACUUUGAACACGUCUCUGCUUACAUUAAGAAGAUACUCCUUGCCAUCCACAAGGAGUGUUCACCCAAAAAGCGCUCGAUCCGCGCUCAUACGACUUGCGCAACCGAUACCAAAAUGAUGUCUCAUAUCCUGGGAAGCGUGCGAGACAUCAUCCUGAUGAACGCCCUCGAGCAAACGCAUCUCAUUGCCUGAUCUUAGCCAUCUGGACGUUGCCAUUUAAUUAUAUAUUGUAUAGUCGUAGUUGUGCUCGGUAUAGUUAAUCAUGUCACAGUG